AUGUCUACGCCAACUCCCACCAACUCCCCAACCAGCUCUCCCACCAAGGCGGCGCCGUGCUGUGGUCCAACACCCACCAAUUCGCCCGCCACUUCACCCAAGCCCAGGAGGACGGCGGCGGUACCGACGCCGAAUAACUGCCCCACUCCGGGGCCCAAGAGCCCUUCUCUCUCUGGGUCGCUGCCAGCCCCCAAGCCUGGCACGGUGGCGCCACCACCAACACCCAGCAGCUCGCCCACGCGGCGACGCAUGGCCCCCUGCCCUCCACCUCCCCCUUCUUCGCCGGCAGCGCCCAAGACGGGCAGGGUGACGCCACCGCCAAGACUGGGCGACCCGGCUCUCCGGGAACGCAGGGCCCCUCCCCCUGCCCCUCCACCUUCACCUGCGCCGCCGACAGCCCCCAGGCCCUGGAAGAAGGGCGUCAGGUCGGACGAGGCCAUCCGAAUGGCCAAGAAGCACUUUGGGGCGCAGUGGGAGGGCACCACCGAGGAGCGCCUGCGCCGCGUCGAGGCCAAGAGGUACAGGCGCUGGCUUGGAGCCGCCGGCCGCCCCGCGGUGCCGGACAAGAGGCGCCGUGACAGCGGAGCCAAGGUGUUCCUGCGCGGCGCGAUUGCGGGCUGGAGGCAUCAGAGGCUGCGGGAGGGCCAGGUUGACGAGGUCAGGGCUGGGAUGGGGGGACUUGAACUCAUGGAAGAGUGA